AUGGUGAGCGAGGAGGAGCGCAUCGUCGAUCUGCUCAACCACUUUGAAGAUGUCUACGUGCCCAUGGUCAGCCAUUCCCUUCAAUCCAAGUCCGUCUUCUUGCAGAGCCUUCGGAACCUCUUUGCCAUGGCGAACUUGGGAGACCCUAAGCCUUUGCUGAGGGAGUUCACAGGAUCCCAGGGGUUCAUCAACGCUCCGUUCUUCAACCAAAGGAGGUCAGAUAGUGUCAAAGUCCUCGAUCUUGUCGACUGGGAACGAGAUGAAGCUGCUCUGCAAGCUGCGCUGACUUUUUUCUCUCGCCAGUGUAACAUCUUAGUAAGUGUGGACAAACAGGAUGAAGACAACAACUGUUGUCAUUUCUUUGAGUUUUGGAAGGACGGACGCAAAACAAUUGUAGAGGACAAGUUAGAUUCCUUGAAUGACCUUUACAACAACCGUACAUUGGUAUUAACCAAACAGUUUGCAGAUGGAAAGUCAGAUUAUGUUCUGCUAUAUUCCUUCCUCCGGCUUGACUUCUACGUGGAAUUUCUGUUUCGACAAGUUAAGGCGGCAAAGAAUAAGGAUGAGAAGUCACAUUUGAAGAGACUUUAUCUCGAGCUGUUUCAAUUCGUGUUCGGACGACUAAGAGAAAUUGACUGCCAAGCUCAAAGUCUUUCCGAACGUCUUUCCGAUACACCUACAGCAAUCUUUGUACUAGGCAUCACUGGAGUUGGCAAGAGUCACAUUCUCAACCUGAUGAACAAGACUCCGUGCUUUACUGUUAGCAAUGAUGAUAUGAGCUCGAAGACUUUCUUGCCCCAGGCGUUCUCAAAGAGGGAUUUCAUAUAUGUUGACCUGCCCGGGAUCAAAGACACUCGUGAUCGUGAGAUUGCUCUGUUGAACUCUAUCAUGUUAUCUUCAUUGUAUCGCUCCUUCCCCAAGUCAGUCACUGUGCUGACAUUUGACUUCAACGCUUUCCAGACAAGCGGACGAGGCAGCGAAAUCAGACAUGUUUACGAUUUCCUCAAGACGUUCUUCGUGUGCAAGGAAGCCAACGUUGGAAAUGAUGAUGAUGAGCUCGAUGACAUUUCUGAUGAGAUUUCCUGUCUUGAAAUACCAGAGAAGAUCAAGAAGUCUAUCGUUGUGGUGAUUAAUCGAUACGAUGGCAAUCGUGAAAAGUUGGAUGAACUUCGGAGCAGAUUACAUCAAAAAUUCGGGAUCGAUGAGGACAAGAUGAUUGCAAUCAGCAAAUCGACAGAUGAAAAUAGCGAUACGAUCAAAGAAGAAAGACGUGCUCUUAAACGAAUCAUCAAGGAGACUGAGAGCACUGACAUGAUGGAUGAGGAUGAGCAGGCUUGCCAAAAGCAUGAAGCUCAGUUUCAAGUUGUUGUGCUGGAAGAAUUCAAAAGCAUCAUGCCUGAAUACAGGCAGUACGUGCUCGAGAGCAUGUUGGACGAGGCACCUGAUACAAUCAUUCAAUGGCAUAAAACAAUCAAAGACCUGUACCGCUACACCAUCUUUGAAGGCUUGGAUGAAUUUGCAAAGAAAUUUGUUGGAAUUGUUGUUGCAAUGAUCGAAAAGAAUGAUGGAUUACGAGAGUCCCUGUUUCAGAUUGAGAAUGUCAAAGAGGUCUUUGACUCCCGCGAUACAGUAGAAAAGAAGACAGAGAGGUUGGAAGCACUCAAGAAAGCACUUGAUGAAAACACGAAACAGAAGAAUCGGUUGGAAAGGAGAUCAAACAACAUGGAACCAACGAUCAGCGAGCCUCUAAAAAGCAUGAGCUUGAGACCAAUCUUCAGUACCAAAAGUAACAUCAAGAUAUUGGAAGCAGAAAUCGCAAGCAAUCACAUGAUAAACAAGGGAAAGAGCUCAGCGGAGGCAUGGAUCAAGAAAGCGAUGUCCAAUCCCUCAGGUGUUCAGAAGUAUCACAAGAAUUACAAACUUCUGCAUGUCAUAGCUCAAUACAACUUGUUGAACAAAGCGAUCGAUGUCAAAAUUAAAUCGGGAGCGGCUACAAUGGCACAAAUGCUACAAGACUGUGAGACUGCCGACAAACACAACCCAUUUCACGUCGCAGCUCUCUACGGUUCGUCUGUCGUCUUCGAGCAGUACGUGGAAGUGCUUUGGGAAGCUUCCAAUGACAGAGAAGACUUCUUGAAACGGUUUGUGUCGAUGAUCGAGCGCAUAGAUCGCACUAGAAACAGUGUGCUUCAUCUUGCAGCUCAAGGGCGUCAGGUCGAGAUCAUCCAGCUAAUUUUCAAGUUCCUGACCCCUAGCGAUCUGCCUGGCGAGCUAGGCAAGAGGUGGGCUGAGAAACGUAAAGAACUUUGUCUAAGAACAGGCUCAUCAAGGCCCAAGUACUAUCCGCUACACAAGUUGUGUGAAAGAGAUUGCAUCACUGAUGAAGAGAAAGAGCGUGUACGCAAGUGCAUGAAGAUGUUACUUGAUCAUGGAAGCAUAAAAUCGUUACUGGCAGACCCAGGAGAUGAGGCGACAUCGAAGACAGUGCUCUGCUAUGCAUGCGAAAGAAUCAGCGAUCAAUUUGUCGAGCUUUUGAUCGAAUACCUCAAACAAUCGCAAGCCUCCGAUCGGAUUCGCGACAUCGUGAAUCAUGAUACACGAGAGGGCAAUGAAAGAUCCAACACCCCUCUGUACUACACCUUCAAGAAAACACGACCUGACAGCAUCGAAAUACAACGCGCAAAGAAUAUCGCUCGACUGUUAGUCAAGAACGGUGCAGAUGUGGAGCUGGCAGUACGCAAGAACAAGACAAAGAUGCUGGACCUUGGUCAGAAGAACGGUUAUCUCACUAGCGAUGAGGUCCACGAGCUCGCGGACAUCAGUCGAAAACGUGGCAACCUCGUCAGGGAUGAGUCGCUGCAACAGAACAUGCGGCGGCGGCGACAGGACUCCGACGCUGGGACAAGGACUCACAGGAGCAACCGUCAACGCAAGGCCGCUUAG